AUGUCCGAGCUACCACCUCCACCACCACCUGGUUUUAUAUCCCAUGAGGAAGAGAGUGAUUUUGAAGCCUCUCCACCUCCACCAGAUUUUGGUGAAUACAUAAACAAUGAAGACGAUACGAUUCUUGCUCCUCCUCCUCCUCCUCCUCCAGGGUUUGAUGAUGAAUUAGAAUAUGAACUACCGCCUCCACCACCAGGAUUUGAAACACCAGACAUUAUCGAAACAUCAGGGCAUGAAUUACUCCCUCCACCACCAGAAUUAGAAUCUGUAAAUGAUGAGAAACGAGGUGACUUAAUUUCAUACGUAGAAAACGGUAUCAAGAAAAGGAGAUUACUAUCAUCUGUUAGUAAUGAUAACCGCCAAAUUAAAAAUAGGAAAAGAAUUAGAAAUAGAAAGCCAAAAAGGAAAAACAACGAGGGUAUUGUUGGAUCUAACAAAGUAGAAAUGCCACCUGAACAUCUCCGAAAGAUUAUUGAAACACAUUCUGAUAUGACGUCUAAGAGAUUUGAUACUGACAAGCGUGCGUUCCUGGGAGCUUUGAAAUAUUUACCACAUGCUGUCUUAAAACUAGUGGAAAAUAUGCCUCAACCAUGGGAACAAGUGAAAGAAGUAAAAGUAUUAUACCAUGUGUCAGGCGCAAUUACUUUUGUUAAUGAGAGUCCUCGAGUAAUUGAACCGGUAUAUACGUCUCAAUGGUCUACGGCGUGGAUUGCAAUGAGAAGGGAAAAACGUGAUAGAACACACUUUAAAAGGAUGAGAUUCCCAGCAUUUGAUGAUGAUGAACCACCUUUAUCAUAUUUUGAAAACAUUCGUCCAACUGAGCCACCAGAAGCGGUAACACUAAAUCUAGAUGACAUCGAAGACGAGGCCGUCAAGGACUGGCUUUAUGAUCCAAAACCAUUAAUUGAUAAGGAUGGAAAAGUAAAUGGUUCCUCUUAUAAGAAAUGGAACCUAGAUUUUGCUGAAAUGGCAAACUUAUAUAGACUUUCGACACCAUUAAGGGAUGUUGUAAAUGAUAAAAACUAUUAUUAUUUAUUCGAUAAAAAGGCAUUCCUGACGUCAAAAGCACUGAAUACUGCGAUUCCAGGGGGUCCAAAAUUUGAACCUUUAUAUCCUAAGGAAGAAGAAGAAGAUUACAAUGAGUUUAAUUCAAUUGAUAGGAUAAUAUACAGGACACCAAUUAGAAGUGAAUACAGAAUAGCAUUCCCUCACCUCUAUAACUCGAGGCCACGUUCGAUCGAAUUAUCCUGGUACAGCAAUCCUACUUCAUGCUUAAUAAAUAAUGAUGAUGACUAUGACAUCCCGGCAUUCUACUUUGACCCUUCCUUAAACCCUAUAACAUUUUUCGAUGUGACAACAGAUAUACCUGAUGAAAAUCAUCAAGAGGAUGAGGAUGAUCUUUUAUUAUCGGAAUCCUUUUCACCUCUAAUGGCUGAUCAUGAAUUAUCUACUUCCGUGACAAAAGAUUCCAUAUCACUGUAUAACGCACCUUUCCCAUUUAACAGGAGGUCUGGGAAAAUGGUCAGAGCUCAAGAUGUCGCUCUCAUUAAAAAAUGGUACCUACAACACCCAGAUGAAGAAUACCCAGUUAAAGUUCGUGUGUCGUACCAAAAAUUAUUAAAGAACCAUGUUUUCAACGAAUUGAAGAAGAGAAGAGGAACGAAUUCAAAGCAUAAUACAAAAUUGCUGAAAAGUUUAAAAAAUACCAAAUAUUUCCAACAAACCACUAUAGAUUGGGUCGAGGCUGGACUGCAAUUGUGUAAACAGGGUCACAAUAUGCUAAACCUUAUGAUCCAUAAGCGUGGGCUUACAUAUCUCCAUUUGGAUUAUAACUUCAAUUUAAAGCCAACCAAAACAUUAACCACAAAAGAACGUAAAAAGUCGAGGUUUGGUAAUGCAUUUCAUUUAAUGAGAGAAAUUCUCAAAGUUGUAAAAUUAUUAGUUGACGCACAUAUUCAGUGCAGAUUGGGAAACGUCGACGCAUUUCAGUUAGCCGACGGACUCUACUAUAUUCUGAACCAUCUCGGCCAACUCACAGGUAUUUAUCGUUAUAAGUACAAAGUAAUGCAUCAAAUUAGGGCCUGUAAGGACUUGAAGCAUGUUGUAUAUUACAGAUUUAACAAAGUCAUCGGAAAGGGACCCGGCUGUGGGUUUUGGCAACCUGCUUGGCGUGUCUGGAUAUUUUUCUUAAGAGGUAUCAUCCCACUAUUGGAAAGAUGGCUUGGGAAUCUGUUAAUCCGUCAAUUCGAGGGCCGUAACAACGAGGUUGUCAAAUCAACCACUAAACAAAGAACUGAUGCAUACUACGACUUAGAACUAAGAGCAUCUGUGAUGAAUGAUAUACUGGAUAUGAUACCAGAAGGAAUAAGACAAAGUAAGGCAAGGACCAUCCUUCAGCAUUUAAGCGAAGCCUGGAGAUGCUGGAAGGCCAACAUUCCAUGGGAUGUACCUGGAAUGCCAGAACCUAUCAAAAACAUAAUCGAACGUUAUAUUAAGGCUAAGGCUGAUGGGUGGGUAUCUUCUGCACAUUAUAACCGUGAACGUAUAAGAAGAGGCGUGAGGGUUGAAAAGAACGUAGUAAAGAAAAACCUGGGCAGAUUGACGAGAUUGUGGAUAAAAAAUGAGCAGGAAAGACAAAAAAAUAUGGAGAAAAAUGGUCCUGAAAUAUCUCCCAGUGAAGCUACAUCAAUCUUCUCAGCCAUGGUUGAAUGGUUGGAGGCUAGAAACUUUUCUCCAGUCCCAUUUCCACCAUUGACGUAUAAAAAUGAUACAAAAAUAUUAGUACUAGCAUUAGAAAAUCUAAAGGAUAGUUUUGGAUCCAAGGUUCAUAUGAAUUCCAGAGAAAGGGAAGAGUUAGCUUUAAUUGAAGAAGCCUAUGAUAAUCCCCACGAAACUUUGAAUAGAAUCAAGAAAUAUUUACUUACUCAAAGAGUAUUCAAACCAGUGGAUGUUACUAUGAUUGAUCAUUUUCAAUCGAUUGCUCCGGUGUAUUCUGUAGAUCCUCUGGAGAAAAUCACAGAUGCCUACCUAGACCAAUAUUUAUGGUAUGAGGCAGACCAAAGAAAACUAUUUCCAAACUGGGUAAAGCCUAGUGAUGCCGAAAUUCCUCCGCUUUUAGUUUAUAAAUGGGCCCAAGGAAUCAAUAAUGUUUCCGACGUAUGGGACGUCUCCAAUGGUCAAUCUACAGUCAUGCUAGAGACAUCUUUGGGCGAGCUAUGUGAAAAAGUGGAUUUUACAUUACUUAAUAGAUUAUUAAGAUUAAUAAUAGAACCAAAUAUGGCGGACUACAUUACUGCCAAGAAUAAUAUCAUAAUAAAUUUCAAAGAUAUGAGCUAUAUCAACAAAUACGGUUUACUAAAAGCACAUCAAUUUUCCUCUUUUAUAUACCAAUUUUAUGGACUUGUAAUGGAUAUUCUGAUAUUGGGCCAUGAUAGGGCUAUGGAUUUAGCUGGGCCACCAACUAGUCCAAACGAAUUCAUGCAGUUUAAAAGUCCAGAGAUAGCAAAACGGCACCCAAUUAGAUUAUAUUCGCGUUAUUUGGAUAAAAUUAGUAUUCUAUUCCAUUUCGAGGAAAAUGAAGCUGAUGAGUUAUCAGAUGACUUUUUAGCUGAGAAUCCUGAUAAUAACUUUGAGAAUGCUGUGGGGUACAACAAUAAAAAGUGUUGGCCAAAAGAUGCUAGAAUGAGACUGAUGCGUCAAGAUGUUAAUUUGGGUAGAGCAGUCUUUUGGGAGAUUCAAGGACAUAUUCCUAAAUCAAUUGUUGAUAUUAGUUGGGACGAAUCAUUUGUGUCUGUUUAUAGUAAAAAUAACCCAAAUCUGCUAUUUUCGAUGUGCGGAUUUGAAGUACGUAUUCUUCCAAAAUUGAGAACAGACGAAGUAAUGACAACUACCGAAAGUGCAUGGGAUUUAAUUGAUGAAGUUUCCAAACUAAGAACUGCUAAGGCAUACCUGAAAGUUUCAGAUGAAGAGGUUAAGAAGUUUGAAAGUAGAAUCCGUGGUAUUGUUAUGACAGCUGGUAACGGGGCUUUUACGAAAGUCGCAGCUAAGUGGAAUACAACUGUCAUCGGUUUAUUCACAUACUUUAGAGAGGCUAUAUUAACUACGGAAUCAUUGCUGGAUAUACUUGUGAAAAGUGAAACUGCUAUUCAAAAUCGUGUAAAACUAGGUUUGAAUUCCAAAAUGCCAACACGUUUCCCUCCUGCUGUUUUUUACACGCCUAAGGAGUUAGGUGGUCUUGGUAUGAUAAGUGCUUCACAUAUUUUGAUACCAGCAUCAGAUUUGUCGUGGUCAAAACAGACAGAUACAGGUAUUACCCAUUUCCGUGCAGGUAUGACACAUGACGAUGAUAAAUCUAUUCCGACCAUCUUCAGAUAUAUUACUACAUGGGAAAAUGAAUUUCUUGAUUCACAAAGGGUAUGGGCUGAGUAUUCAGCUAAACGUCAACUGGCAUUGGAACAAAAUCGUAGAAUGGCCUUUGAGGAGCUAGAGGGUUCAUGGGAUAGAGGUAUUCCACGUAUAAGUACACUAUUUCAGAGAGACCGUCACACUUUAGCAUAUGAUAGGGGUCACAGAAUCCGUAGAGAAUUUAAGGCGAACACGAUUGAAAGAAUAAGUACUUUUUGGUGGACAAAUGCCAACCAUGAUGGUAAAUUAUGGAAUCUGAAUGCUUACAGAACAGAUGUAAUCCAAGCCUUGGGUGGUAUAGAAACGAUUUUAGAACACACCCUAUUUAAAGGUACUGGGUUCAACUCGUGGGAAGGUUUGUUUUGGGAAAAGGCUUCUGGUUUCGAAGAUUCCAUGCAAUUUAAAAAACUAACAAAUGCCCAACGUACAGGUUUAAGCCAAAUCCCGAAUCGUCGUUUCACAUUAUGGUGGUCACCAACUAUCAAUAGAGCCAAUGUUUAUGUAGGUUUCGUUGUUCAGCUUGAUCUGACUGGUAUAUUCCUCCAUGGUAAGAUUCCAACGUUAAAAAUUUCCUUAAUCCAAAUAUUUAGAGCACAUUUAUGGCAAAAGAUUCACGAAAGUGUUGUCUUUGAUAUCUGUCAAAUCCUGGAUGGUGAACUUGAUUCUCUACAAAUUGAGUCUGUCAUAAAAGAAACAGUUCAUCCACGUAAAUCAUAUAAAAUGAAUUCCUCUGCCGCGGAUGUUACAGUAGAUAGUUUGUACCAGUGGGAAGUAUCUAAACCAUCAUUACUCCAUGAGGCAAAUGACUCAUACGAUGCUACUUCUACAAACAAAAUGUGGUUUGAUGUUCAAUUGAGAUAUGGUGACUACGAUUCUCAUGACAUUUCACGUUAUGUUAGAGCUAAGUUUCUGGAUUACACAACGGACAACAUAAGUAUGUAUCCAUCUCCAACUGGUGUAAUGAUAGGUAUCGACUUGGCGUACAACAUGUAUGAUGCUUAUGGUAACUGGUUCAAUGGCUUGAAACCACUCGUACAGAAUGGGAUGAGAACUAUAAUGAAGGCGAAUCCAGCUCUAUAUGUGCUACGUGAGCGUAUUAGAAAGGGUCUACAAAUUUAUCAAUCCAACAUUCAAGAACCUUUCUUAAGUUCUUCAAACUAUAGUGAACUUUUUAACAAUGAUAUAAAACUAUUCGUGGACGAUACAAAUGUGUAUCGUGUUACGGUACACAAGACCGUUGAGGGUAAUGUAGCUACUAAGGCUAUUAACGGUUGUAUUUUUAUAUUAAAUCCUAAGACAGGUCAUUUAUUCCUAAAGAUUAUCCAUACUUCCGUGUGGGCAGGUCAAAAGAGAUUAAGUCAGUUGGCGAAGUGGAAAUCUGCUGAAGAAGUUAGUGCCUUAGUUAGGUCACUACCUAAAGAAGAACAACCAAAACAAAUUAUUGUUACACGUAAGGCCAUGUUAGAUCCUUUAGAGGUUCACAUGUUAGAUUUCCCAAAUAUUGUCAUACGUCCAACUGAAUUAAGAUUACCAUUUGCGGCAGCUAUGUCCAUUGAUAAAUUAUCCGAUGUUGUUAUGAAGGCCACUGAACCCCAGAUGGUUCUCUUUAAUAUUUACGACGAUUGGUUGGAAAGCAUAUCAUCUUAUACCGCUUUCUCGAGAUUAAUAUUACUUCUUAGAGGCCUAAAAACCGACGAAGAGAAAGCCAAAAGAAUUCUCUUAGGCGAUCCGACUAUAAUUAUUAAAAAACAUCAUUUGUGGCCGUCAUUCUCUGAUGAACAAUGGAUAUCCAUCGAAUCGCAGGUACGUGAUUUAAUAUUAGUAGAGUAUGGUAAGAAGUACAAUGUCAACAUUUCUGCCCUGACUCAGACUGAAAUUAAAGAUCUAAUUUUGGGUCAAAACAUUAAAGCACCAUCGGUCAAGAGACAGAAGAUGGCUGAACUUGCAGCUGCAAGAGCAGAUGAUAAAUUGGCCAGCGCUACAUCAGUUAUGAAGACAAAGACAGUCAACGCACAAGGUGAAGAAAUUGUUGUGGUUACAUCUGCAAACUAUGAAAAUCAAGAAUUUAAUUCAAAGAAUGAAUGGAGACAAAAUGCCAUUGCUAACAGUCUCCUCUAUUUACGUAUGAAAAAUAUCUAUGUUGCUUCGGAAGAUUUUGUGGAAGAGAAGCCAAUCUAUGUCUUACCAAAUAAUAUACUAAAGAAAUUUAUCGAAAUAUCUGACGUAAAAAUACAAAUUGGGGCUUAUUUAUAUGGUAAAUCUGCGGAAGGUCAUACAAAUAUUAAGGAAAUCAAGACAGUUGCGUUAGUACCUCAAUUAGCAGAUAUGAGAUCUAUUCAAUUGGGAAGACCUCCUAUCCCAGAUACUAACCCAGAUAUUGCUGGUCUAGAACUAUUAGGCUGGGUACACACACAAGGAAAAGAUAUAAAAUUCAUGUCUGCGGCUGAGAUCAAUACCCAGACAUCUACAUUUGGAAAUAACAACAACAAAGAUAGUCUAAUUGAUAUCAGUAUAUAUUCUGCUCCAGGCAAUAUAUCACUGGCAGCAUAUAAUCUUUCUGAAGAAGGUUAUCAAUGGGGUCACAAUAAUAAAGAUGUUUUGGACGAUGAUGCAGAAGGGUUUGAACCAAGUUUCAGCACUUAUGCACAGUUACUUCUUUCAGACCGUAUAAUGGGUAACUUCCUAGUGCCAACAAGUAAAGUCUGGAAUUACUUAUUUAUGGGUACCAGUUUCAAUAUAGAAUUAGAGUAUGAGAUGAAAUUAGGUAUUCCGAUAGAAUUUUACAACGAGCUACAUCGUGCAACACAUUUUCUACAGUUUAAUAACAUCGGGAACAACGAGGAUUUAGAAGCAGAACAGGAGAGUUUAUUAGCAUGA